UGCAUAUCUUUCGGCACUCGCAUAAGCACAAUCUCAAAGGAAUCCUCAACAACGCGCUGCAAUCAGGCUAGCCGGACAUGACAACUGCGAGGCCUCAUCGACUGCUAUGGUCGCCUCAUCCAAACCACAAUCAGUUUCUGAUUGGUUCGACAGAGCUGCGGCUUUUCAAGUGGACACCAGAAGAUGCUGAAGGCAAGCCGCACGCAACCCCGAUAGCGGUCAACACCGAUGUAUCUCUUAUGAAGUGCUUCACCUGGUCUCCAGACCCGAGCUACAUGGACCUCACGGCGGUUGGAUUGACUACAGGACGAACGCUACUCAUUCGGAUGCACAGAUCAGAGCCAUGGAUAUUCGAGGACAAAGGGAACGACUUCCGGCCCGAUACGCCCAGGCAGGUGUCCAUCGCCCAGAAUCAACGUACAUAUCCAUCUUUUAGUGCGCGUCAUUCCAGAGCUUGCAACGUUGUAGCAUUUUCCAAAGGCUGUCCCAAUCUGCUGGCAGUUGGACUCGAUAAAGUGCGAAACGACUACUGCUUGAUGGUCUGGGAUAUUGAGCAGGCCAUGUUCAAGGGCUCAGAGUCGAGCUAUGCCCCAUCUGGGUCAAUCACCGGAUCCAACCGCUCAGCUGUUGGAAGUUUACAGACAUCGCGAUUCGGAAGAACAGCUGAGAUCGCAGAGAGUUACUUUGAUACUCGGCUGUCGAUGAACCCACUUUCUCUAGCUGAAAACACCAGCACCGCCCGAGCACUCAAUGCCUCAAGUUUCGACCAUUCCUCAGAGAAGCCUAUGUGUCAGUAUGGGUCCAGCGAGGUUAUUUCCUCGUGUGCUUGGUUCACGCAUGAGCCCAGGGUCCUUGCAGCAGGAAUGGGCAUGAAAUAUAUACGUGUCUACGAUACCAGAGAGGACCCUAAUUCGCCAUCGUCGAUGGUCAUUUCAACAAAGGCCGUCCAUGGGCUCUGCAUGGAUCCAUUCCACGACGAGAGAAUGGCCUCUUGCACGGAUGACGGCAACAUUUCGAUUUGGGAUAUCAGAAAACCAUCUCAGCCGAUCCUUUCCUUCGACACUGGCUUACAGAAAGCGCCGUUAGUCCGAAUACAGUUCAACCCGCAGAGAUCCGGGCUGAUCGCCUCUCUCACCAAGGAAGCCUCGUGUCUGAAAGUCUGGGAUAUUCAGGAGGGAACUAUGCGUGCACCAAGAAGUGUCUCCAGGAUGGAUAGUAAUCAUAACCUCGAUGCCAGCAUGGAAAAGGGAUCUGCAAGCACAAGCGGCUUGUUAUCCAGGUCUCACGACAGGGAGGGUCUGCACACAGUCCGUGAGUCCGAGUCCGACGAGGCGGAAAUUGGUGUUCCUAUCCUAUGGAAAUCUCGUCAAACCAAGCCGUCUUCAAAAUCGCUGCAGUCGUUUGCAUGGAUCCCCACUUUUGUAUCUAAUUCCACCUCAGGAUUGAUCUCGAUUAACAAGGAGUCCCUGAUCGAGACAACUAUCCUCAAAGAGACAUCUCAGGUUGCAUGGGAGCCCAGAGGCGCGCUAGUUGUCUCGGAUGGAAAUGCGGUCUCGUGUUUCCCUAGCCAACGUACCUUGGAUGUAACAGCUCCUGAAUCAGCAUCCCAGCACGCGUUUUCAGAGAUGCGGAAGCGCAACUCUAAAAUCCUCAACCUGCAGCUUCCCGCCAGCCGCAAGGUGAACGGUGACGCAAACAGCGGCUCAGCCGUGAACUCCAGCAAUCCUCCACCAUCGAUUAGCCUCAUGCUUCCCAGUGGCCUGGCUGGACCGCCUGGCACAGAGUCCAAUAAGCUGAGCGCAAUCACCAAUGGCAUUUCGGAUCCCGCGCGAAGGGCAUCGUUGACAGCUGUAGUCAACAAUGGGUGGAUAUCAGCUGCUGCAGCCGAGGUGGGUUCAAAUCUGGAGCAGGACAUUUCAGUUACCAUGCGCGAGGGAGCCAUAAAAGGAUACUCUAUGGAUGCUGAAGCCAACAUCAACCUGGUGGCGCCUGGUGCGCUUCGGGAUUUUUGGGCUUGGAUGAUGCGAGCAGAGAAAAUUGCUCAGAAGGAUGGUGCUCGUAUCGGAAAGUUUGACUUUAGCUACCAAGGCGUCCUUCCCGUGCUCUUGGGAAGUGCAGUUUCCAGGAGAUCAACGCCAUCCGGUACCCCUCGCGCAAUGUCGCCCCUGCCUCGCACCUCGUCUGACUUGACUGGUCAGAAUUCAAAGCAAGCGGACGAAAUUCCAAUCGUGCCUACACUCAAGCUUGCACAACGCAAGCUGGCACUCAAGUUGUGUGGCUCAGAGCUGUUGCGUUCUGACCUGAAGAAGACUGUGGAAAAACUUGAGAGCGAGGGAAGCUAUGAGGUUGCUGCAGGAUGGGCCUUCUUUCAUGGUGAGCUGGAUCUCGCCAUCGAUGUGCUGAGUCGAGGAGAUGACAAACUAAAGUUGAUGUCGAUUGUUGUGGCGGGGUUCAACAGGAACCAAAGUGUCUCAGGAACGACACUGGGCGAUCUGGACAACAGCGAAAAGCCUUCGAACAGCGCAUGGAGGGAUCAAUGCCGAAGUCAUAGCCAAGGCCAAUCCAACCCUUAUAUCAGGGCUAUCUUCAGUUACAUUGCUUCAGGGGACUGGAGGGAUGUCUUGGACGAGCAGAGCCUUUCCCUGGCAGACCGUGUUGGUGUCGCGUUGAGGUUCCUGAGCGACGCUGAGUUGAUGGCCCGCAUUCAAGCAAUCUCAGAUACGCUUACCAAAGAAGGUGAAAUCGAUGGUAUUAUCCUCACAGGAUUGACGGAGACGGGUCUGGAUCUUUUUACCAACUAUGUAAAUCGCACGGGCGACAUCCAAACAGCUGCCCUGGCUUCAUCCGUAGCCGUUCCACGAUACUUUAAAGAUGUUCGCGCGGAGGAAUGGGUCGACUGCUACCGAGAUCUUUUGGAUCGCUGGCAACUCUACUAUACGCGAGCAAAGUUCGACAUUGCUCGUGGACGGUGCAUACAGCAAAGCACGUUGAGUGGUGUCUCUGCCGCGGAUAUGACGCCCACACAAAUUUACGUCCGCUGCAACUUUUGCAACCAGAGUAUUGCUCGAAAUUUGCUGAUUCCGGGGGUGCGUGGCCGAGAUGGGCGUCGAUUGAUGGUGCCCGGUGGAGGCGGACCCGGAUCUGGAGCGGGCCAUGGAGGUAUGCAUGCCCAUGAUAAGCAAGGUUCUAUGGGCGGUGCAGGAAUGGGCCAAGGUGCUGGAGGCACCGUGCCCGGAGGAGCACCAGGGACAGGUGGUGGAUCAGCUGGUAGCUCGAGCAAGGCUGUGGUAUGCCCCAGCUGUAGUAAGCCACUGCCUCGGUGCGCGAUCUGUCUCUUGCACCUCGGUGUGCCAGCAGAGGGUAAUGCUGCACUUGGUGUUUGGUCCAGUCUCGGUAACAAGGCCACAGGCGAGAAGCCCACAAGUUUUGAUCUUUGGUUCACUUGGUGUCAGACAUGUCGCCACGGUGGACAUGCGAUGCAUAUGGCAGAGUGGUUUGAUCGACAUACGCAGUGCCCUGUCAGCGAUUGCAACUGCCUCUGCUCGACUCAUGACGCCCUGUAAUUAUUCUCUGAUUGCCCAUACUCACGCAUGUUAUUAAAGACGGCUAUUCAUUAAAAAAAAAAAAACUGUCGCUGUGGUGUAUGGAGCCAAGUCUGCGCUAGUGAUGCCUUGCCAUCGCCUAUGACUCUGCCUUGAUAAUAUUUCCCCGUCUUUAAAUGCUCUUCUCCUCGCGAUCAUGUAGAGACCAACGAGAUGAAGACAGUUCUAGUGGCAGUUGACACCUUUGGCACGAUGACAUCUCUUCCGUAUCUUAUGAAUGACG